UCCUUAAGUUGUGGGCGGAGACGCGACCUUAUAAAUAAACGUGAGUCUCUGACGCUGUAAGACAUUAGACAGUGGGGAGAGUGGUCGGAACAAGUGGCUGGAAGUAGACAUAUACCUGCCUGGUGCUAACUCAACGGAGUCUAUUUUCUAAACAGGCAAAAAGAAAACCGUCCCGAACAUGAGUAAGGACACCGAGGUCGAUAUGAAGGAUGUUGAGUUGAACGAGUUGGACCAGGAGAAACUACCGAUGACCGGCGACGGACCGGGGGCUGAGAAGAACGGAAACUUGAAGCAGAAGGUACCGGAGGAGGAUGUUAAGUUUACCGGGCUGUCGAAGGAAGAGCUCAUGAAAGUCGCUGGCACACCCGGGUGGGUGAGGACACGCUGGGUGCUCCUGGUCUUGUUUUGGUUGGGCUGGGUGGGGAUGCUGGCUGGGGCCAUAGUGAUCAUCGUCCAGGCCCCCAGGUGUAAACCCAUACCUGAGAUGAACUGGUGGAACCAGGGUCCUCUCUAUCAGAUCGCUGACCUGGACGCCUUCAACCACGACAAGGGAAUCAAAGGUGUAGUUGAGGUACUGGACAGUCUGAACCAGUUGAAGGUGAAGGGCCUGGUUCUGGGGCCUCUUCACACUGUCCAGCAGGACCAAGCAGACACCUUAGACCUGGUCUCUAUGGACCCCGGGGUAGGAACUGACCAGGACCUGCUGGUUUUGCUGGACAAGGCCCACAAGAAGGGUAUCUCUGUGGUGUUGAAUCUGACCCCUAACCCUGGAGCUGACCCCUGGUUCAGUCCUGACCAUUUACCUAAAGUACUGGACAAACUCAGGGAUGCUGCUGAACACUGGCUGGAGAUGGGCGUGGACGGGGUGCAGGUGUCCGGCCUCGCUGCAGCCAGCGCCUCUUCUGAUUGGUCCAAGUUCCAGUAUGUCGUCCAGGGCAACAGGACGGAGGUGGACGUGAAGAAGAGAGCUCUAAUAGGAGUCGUUGAUGGUCAGGACUACUCUGCCGUCUCUCAACUUCUCAACUCUUCUGGUGUGGAUCUGAUACUGUCUGAUGUCCUUAACAAGGCAAACUCCGGUAUCGAGAGAGCGAAGUCCAUCCACGGCCUGGUGUCUACCCAGAAACAGAGCUCUUUAGCCUGGGGGCUAGGAGGCAGUUUGGGGAACCAUCUGGCUUCAGUGGUGGAGAAACCAGAACUGGUACGACUUUACCAACUCAUGCUUUUCACGCUGCCUGGAACACCUGUCUUCAACUACGGAGAUGAGUUGGGGCUCGCGGACCAGGGUUCCACCUCUCCUAAGAUGCUGUGGGACACUGAGGAAGAAGAGGUUGCUGAAGGAGCUGUGAAGAACGAGACAGCCGAGGCCCAGAAGACUCAUCGUCUGACAUGUCGUUCGUGGUUUAAGACCCUCUCUGACCUGCGGGGUAAAGAACGUUCCCUCCUUCAUGGGGACUACUUCCACCUCCACUCCUCCUCCGCGUCCCUUGCUUUCCUGCGUCUGUGGGACCAGAGCGAGCGCUACCUGACGGCCGUUAACUGGGGCUCCGCCACCUUAACCAUGGUCCUCAACCACACAGAGCUGAGCCUCCCGGAGCAGGCUAAAGUGAAGCUUAGUACUGACCCUGAGAACCUGGCUGCAGACAGCUCUGUCUCGCUGGAUAAACUGCUGCUGGGACCCGGACAGGCUGUCCUAUUGGCCUUCCCCUUCGCUUAGGAGGGGCUAGAACAGAGACCAGGACUAGAACAGAGACCAGGACUAGAACAGAGACCUGGACUAGGAACAGAGACCAGAAUAAGAAACUACUAAACAUAACUUUUACACCUGGAACAAAGGGAGAAUGCAGAGAAUGUUUUAGAUUACAGAAAAUCUGCAGAAGGAAUAUAUAGUAUAAACAGCAGUACUUAGCCAGUACUUAGCCAGUACUUAAACAUAUUAAAUGUUAGUCCAGAAUGACUAUUUCCAACUGUUAAAAUAUUCCAGUUCAGAUUUGAUCAAAUGUUCUUUUGGGGCCAUUGUUUCAAAAACAUUUAAAAGGAACUUUUUAGUUCCGUUUUUUUUUUAAAUUUUGUUUUAUGACCUCUUGAGUUGAACUGUUGAAGUAGGAAGAUCUUCAAUCUGUUUAUUCCAUUCAGUGGAAUAUAAUAAUAAUAAUAAUAUAAUUGUUAUUCAAAUUGCUGGUAUUGGAGAAGAUGGCUAGAUAUUGUUCUGACUAAAAUCUUGAAAGGAGUAAAAUAAAAGUCCUGUGUAAUGUUGCCUGGUGACAAUCAAG